GAACGUCGAUGAUCAUUCCCCCCGCGCGCUCUAGGCUCUAGCUAGCUCGCUCGCUCGGAUCUCGUCACGCUCACACCUCCGUCUGUGGCGCGCCGUACGUGAGAGGCAUGGCCGCGCUGCCGGCGCUCGGGUGGUGGCUCGUGUUGGUCGGCGCCGUCCGCCUCGGCUUCGCCUGGUCCGGCUUCUUCGACGCCCGGGCUGUCCGCGCCACCGCCUACUCCAACACGCACGUGACCGAUGUGCACGGGCGCACCGUCGGUGCGUGGACGCUUCUGUCGUGCACCCUCUGCUUCCUGUGCGCCUUCAACCUGCAGAACAAGCCGCUCUGCGCGGUUACUUUCUUGUCCUUCGUCUACGCGUAUGGACAUCUCGUCGUCGAGUACCUGGUGUACCGUACCAUCACCGCGGCCAGCCUCGGAACGCUCGGAUUCUUUGCAGUCCCGUCGAUCGUGUCGAUGCUGAUCCAUUGGAGGAAUGCUCCUGGCCGCCGUGCUGUCAAGCUAUCCUAAGCUUGCUCGCGUGUUCCGUCCUCGUCAAUUAGUUGAGCAUUGUACCAUUGCCACUGAAUAAAUCACCUCCGCUGCAAAUCCCAUGUACUGUGAUUGUCAUGUAACCUCUUUCAUCUCAUACCAACGGACCAACACUGUUCUGCUUUUUUUUUAGUUGGGGAAAUGUUAUCUAUGCCCAUUUCUUUAGUUUUUUAGUUCAAGAAGCAUGUACGUCUCGUUAUCCUUCACGAUAAAUAAUCAAUUUUGGGGUGAACUCCCUCAAUUAACCA